UCCUAUACCUCUCGGUUGUAUAUGUUGAUAUCUGUCAUUGCCAUUGCUUGUAAGGUUAGCUUAUCUGUCCAACUGUAAAAGUCAGCUGAGAAUCCCUGCGUUUUUCAAAAGCCGCAGUGAGGAUGACGUCCUGUUUCGAGAAUAUGCAGGUGCCGUCCUGCGUCUGGUUCGAGGGCGGCGAAAAGAGAAACGCGCUCGUUUCAAUGCUCGCAGGCACACUGUUUUUUGUAGGAUGGUGGUUUAUAAUAGACGCGCACGCAAAAUAUCCUGAUGAAAUGUCAAAUGCAUACCAUGUUUGUGGAGUAUUUGGUACUGUAUCACUCUUCAUGGUCAAUUCAGUGACAAAUGCGCAGAUAAGAGGAGAAGCUUACAAUGGUGGUUGUUUAGGAGCAAGAGGUGCUCGAAGUUGGCUGUUUAUUGGAUUCGUUAUGGGAUUUGCAGCAGUAAUAGCAGCCUGUUGGAUUUUGUUUGCCAAUUUUGUAGCAGCAGGCGCACCACAUCAUUGGCCAGGAGUAGGAUUGUUCUUGCAGAAUAUAUUCAUUUUCCUGGGCUCACUCACAUAUAAAUUUGGUCGAUCUGAGGAUCAAUGGGGUUAAUAAAUCUGCGUACCGUUGGUGUAAAAUAUUUUUAUUGCCGCAUAGUCAAAUCAGCACGAAACGCAGCUGGAAAAACUCAUAUCAACAUCCAAGCGUGAAAUUCAAUUGCAGCAAAUUUUUCUUAUUGUAAACAUUUCCUUAUAAAUGUGACAAUUUUUAUUUAUAUCCAUUGGACUUAUGAAAACAGAUAGCAAUUACAAGUUAUAAAUAUACAUAUAUAUAAUUUACUUUAAACGUAA